UAACGUCGCGACAAGAGCCUAGUUUACGUAUCGGACCGGGGUUCCGCCUCUUCUCCACGUGUACCACGACUCUCAGCACUGUGACUUAGAAUUUAUCUUUACAUGUCUCUAAUGAACCCGAUAAUCGCUAUAUUCGACUAUACUUUGAGGCCUGUGGCUCCCUUUACCUGGUUCGGGUUACCCAUCACCACCCUGGACGUCGUGGCAGCAUUUCGCCUCUGCUUAAUCCUCCGGCAGAUGAAGGAAGUGCUUCACAGAGAACACGUAUCGAGAGCAGGGCACUCUCUAGUCGAAGACAGGUCAUUCGCUCGGAGCGCUCUGGCAACGUUGACUGUCGUUUUCAGAGGAGAAGUCAUGACUUCACCAUUACUUGGCGUUCCCUGUUCCUUUAUGGUCUCGGGCACCACGACCCUCUUUUACACGCUCGUCCAAGCUAUUGUCGAUGCGCUCCCCGUUGUUCCCGCACCCGCUUUCGAAAUGGAACUACCUCUCUCCAUUGUCGACGGUUUCACGCGUGCUUUCCUGCUCUGCGACCUCAUACCACCAGUCGUCACAGCUAACGCGUCGUCCAAUAUCUCAAACUCCUCCUGGACACUACUCGUCACUUCCCUCGUUGCAGCAAACGGCGGAUUUUUCUUGACUAACCUUUUCUCUUUCAUACACCCCACGCCUCUGAUGUUACAGACCCCACCGGAGCUCCUGCCGUAUGGCUGGACUACCGCAGACUUGUGGUGCGCACCGGCAAUAACGGGUCUCUAUGCCCUGCUCACUCAUGUCCAGCCUUUCUGGGCUGAGGCGCAUACCUUUAUCGUCGAUCUUCUGAACGGCGGUAUCGUGUCCGGGAAAGCCGUAGAGCCGGUUGACAACGACACGGCCAGAGCUGUAUGUGCAGUCCUACUGGCUGGCCUGUUCGCUGGACGGACUGUUAAAAACUUUAGACAUCUGUGGCAGCCCCAACUGAAAGUCAAAACUCAGUGAUCAUUGUUUUUCGGUUCGAGCCUCGACGUUGGGAAGAACCGAGAUUAGUAGAUAUUGCACUUGCAGACUUGCAACGGCUAAUCAAUUGAGUGCAGAUAUACCAUAGAAAAUAUAGAAAUGCAUCAGACUUACGUCGCUGAAUCUGGGGAAGGCUUAACCAACUACGCGCUUAUGAUUGUUGCAAUUCCGAGAGGUCAUAAGCAUUAUAUGUGUAUUAUGUUCAACUACCACGCCAAGGACCCAUAUCCUUAGGACAAUGACAGCAGGUUAGAUCCCAUCUGCAUGAUAAUGAUAUUCAUCGUUGUAAUAAUUACCCCGAAUGUCUUCACCCGCAAGAAUCUCCAAUGUACAUUCCAUUGUAAUGCGCUAGUGGUCCGGUAUCUUGACUAGUUGCGGCAGGUCCCCAACAGAUGUUUUAGACGAGGUUCUCGUCAAAACGCACCAGCCAAGCUGACAUUCUCCG